CCUAGUUCACCUAGUGAUAAGAGUUCUGAAUAUGACGCUAAUUAUCGUUUGUCUUCUCAUCUUGGAGACUUGGGGUCAUUCGGUCGAAAGCACAUUUGAAAAUGGCAGAGUGAUCGGGGGCUCCUCUGCGCCCGACAAGGCCUACCCUUAUCAAAUCUCGAUAUGGCGACAGGGUUGGGGAUAUUCGAAAUAUAUUUGUGGGGGGUCCAUUAUCGGCGAUCGACAUGUACUGACAGCGGCUCAUUGUGUUUCGGGUGCAGUUGUCCCGAACCUGAGGGUAGUUGCCGGGACUAACAAGUUGAGAGACAGCGAGCAGACCAACUACACCGUUAGUGAGGCCAUCGUCCACAAAGAUUAUGUAUCUUUUCUUUACAAAGACGAUAUAGCCAUACUGAAACUGAACGAAACGAUUGUAUUCAAUGACAGAAUUCAACCUGUACGACUAACGAAAGUGGCUCCACCUUCAGGUACUAACUGCACGCUGACGGGCUGGGGGUUAACCUCGCGUUCGUCGGCUCGCCUCCCCGAUCAAUUGCAAUACAUUAGCCUGAAAACCAUUUCUCUCUUCGAAUGCAAGCUAAGGUUGCUACUGAGCGGCCUUCUGGUGGGCCGAGAACAAAUCUGCACGCGCACGAAAGCAGGGGAAGGCUCGUGCAAUGGCGACUCCGGAGGACCGCUCGUGGACACCGCUAGCGGUGCUCAAAUCGGGGUGGUUUCGUGGGGACAUCCGUGCGCUUUAGGUGUACCGGAUGUUUACACCAACGUUUAUGAGUAUCGAGACUGGAUAAGUAAGCAUACCGACUUGGGUACAGUCGGGUGCGAGGCGAACGGUUUUAUCGAACUGCGAAUCGUCGGAGGUUCAGAUGCGGCCGUCAGGUCGUUCCCGCACCAGGUCUCGGUGCAGAUCGCCGACCUCGGUCACGCGUGCAGCGGCUCCAUUAUUUCCAAGAACUGUAUUCUAACAGCGGCUCAUUGCACGUACAGGAUCGAUCCCGGUGUCAUGACGGUGGUGGCGGGAACUACGAAUUUGAGGGUCGGCGGCGCUCGCCACGCGGUGAGCCAGGCGAUACCGCACGAAGCGUACGACACCUACCUCAAGACGAACGACUUGGGAGUCUUAAGACUGACGGAAGACUUGGCGUUCAACGAUCAGACUCAGCCCGUUUCGUUAAGCGGCGUGCGUCCAUCGCCAGGGACGGACUGCACGCUGACAGGUUGGGGUUUCACUUCGAGCUCAUCGACAAAGCUCCCCGAUAAGCUACAACAAGUCAAUCUCGCGACGAUAUCCGUCGAGAGGUGCAGGAAGGAGCUGCCGUCCAACACGCGACCGAUCACCUACAAUCAGACCUGCACCCUUGCGCCGGUCGGGAAAGGGGCGUGCGUCAGGGAUUCGGGAGGUGCGCUCAUUGAUAACUCCAACGGAAAACUGGUGGGCGUGGUCUCUUGGGGCUAUCCUUGUGCUCUAGGCGAGCCGGACGUGUACUCAACGGUGUACGGAUACAGGAGCUGGAUUGAGGAGAAGUGUCAGGAUUCAAAUUAUUAUUUUAUCUCUAAAUAAAUGAUUCAUAGACCAAA